AUGGAGGGAAAGGACAGGAACAGCACGAGCGACGCAAACUUUAGUAAAUACAAAAACAAAAAAAUAGUGAAAACAAUAGAUGACAUAAACGAGUUUGUAAAAACGUACCCUCGAACGAACAGAGAAUUAAACACGUACAUUAUCAAAAAGGAUAGAGGAAGCGAAGUCUCUCUUUUAAAAAGCUUCGUUUUUUACAUAUUUACCCAAAUAACAAGUAUCCUAGCAGUCUGUUUGGUCAUAUUUUGCAUUGGCUUCCUAAUUGGAAAUCACAUGUCAUCCAAAUCGUCGGUGGUAAAUUCGGUUAUCUACAAUUUUUACUCUGCAAAGGACCUCGGUGCGCAGCUGUACGUGGUGAGGGAUGCCAAUCCGAAUGAUGGGGAAGGGGGUCAAGUGCACGACACACUGGCACUAGACCUAAUGAUCAAUUUUAACUUUGACUAUAAUAACCUAUUUAUGGGGACGCUCAUCGGAAAAGCGUUAUUGUAUUACUACCCAGCUAAUGACAUUGGCGUAAGGGGCGAAGAAUACUGCUAUUCAGAUGGUAAAAAUGGUGAAGUGGCACAGCCCAUGAUGAUGAGUGCAAGGAGGCAAUUCUCCAAGUGGCAGCAAAAAGAUGAAAAACUGCUUGCCAUUUUUGAGAAAGAAAAUUCGCUCAUUUUUUUAAAUUACGCUAUGAAGAUGAAGAGGGAAGCUCAAAUAACGUACAUAAACGAUUUAUUGCUUGAGAAUUUAAAUGCCUUCCCAAUUGGGGGGGCAGACGUUACCAUAUCUCCGGGCAUCAUGCAGGGUAUUAACUCUAUUAACGCCCUGGUCAGCAUAAACCACAUGAUUUCUGAUCAAGCCUUAUUACAUCACUUAACCAAUGACUGUAAGAAGGGGAGGAUAUACGUACAGCUACACUUUGCGAGCAAUCAAAUAAAGACAAUCCUCUUUCGUUUCCAACCCCAAACUGGGAUGUUUUUACCCUUUAGAAUUCCCUGCGAGAUCAAGUCGCACGAGAAAAGUCCGAGCAAUGAAUUUCGCCUAAGUGUCAUUAAGAAUUAUAACGUCCAAAAAACGGCCAUCAAGAAUAUUAACUUUUUUAUCAAUUAG